CUUUUUUUCUCAAGUAUUAUAUCUUGUUACAGAGCGCAUAUAGUACGCAUACAACACGCAUACAACACGCAUACAACUCUCAAAAUGAACAAUAAUGAUGAUAUAUUAGACGAUUCCUUUGAAAAGAAGCGUUUUGAACAAGAAUUAGAGUUUAUUCAAUGUCUUGCAAGUCCUUGGUAUCUAAAUUUUCUUGCACAAAGCAAAUAUCUCUCCUGCCCUGUAUUUCUUAACUAUCUUAAAUAUCUAGAGUAUUGGAGACGUCCAGAAUAUGCUCAAUUUUUAACAUAUCCAAUAUGUCUGUACCAUUUAACACUGUUAAAUAAUGAGCAGUUUAGAAUAGAUAUUUCUAGAGAAGAUUUAGCUAGAAGAAUGAAUGAUGAGAUUUAUUAUCAAUGGCUGGAUGGACAAUUAAAUGUAAAUGAGGUGGAUAUAAAGAUGAGCGAUUCAGGGGGGGGAGGGGGUGUUUAAUUAAAUGUAUGAAAAAUGUAUUUAUGAUAUGUAUUUAAUAGAGGAA